CGGAUGGAUGGAUGACAUUUCGUUUUCAUUUCCAUAUCUUUCCGUGGCUUCAAGUUGAAGUCAAAAAAGUUAUUUAAGCUCGUGGCGUUCGCAAAGGUCUCACAUAAUUCAUUUCUGGCCAGAAGGAGAGCAUAGCCCGCAGUGAAAAUAAGUAAAUAAUAAUGAGAGCUACGUGUCAGUCAGUGUGAGCUAUUGCAAUACAACAGAGCAAUAAGUGUGACGAGGACAGGUCAGAGGAUUACGACGCCACCAGUACAACUACCAAUCACAUACUACAUACCUGCAGAAAAGAGGAGAAGGAGAGUGAUUCAUCCCACUUUUAGUUUAUAGGAUUUAUAUUCACGGGAUUUUCCAAAAUGAGGGUGAGACAGGUGGUCUUGGUGGGAGUGUUGCUGGUGGGAGUAGCACUAGGUGCAGAAGUAUCGAGCAAAAAUGUGGCAACAAAUAAGCCAGUUGUAGUGAAAAUCACUGCGGGUGACAAGAGUCAUGGGAGCGAUGAAAAGUUGGACACCGCGUCGCAAUCUCUCUUUGGCUAUAACAGUGCGAGCGGAAACGUUGGUGGGUUAAAUGGUGGGGCAGGAUUUGGGGGGUUCUCCGGACAAGGACAAGGAUUUCCGGGAGGAUUUUCAAGCUCAGGUGGCGGAGGAUUUCCGGGGGGCCUGGGAGGCGGAUUUUCAGGAAGUAGCGCAAGUAGUGGCGCAGGAGCAGGAUACUUAGGCGGAGGAGGAGGCGGGUUUGGUGGGUUAUCUUCAUCUGGAUUGGGGGGACUUGGUGGGGGUGGGGGUGGUCUCUACUCUAACCAGUUGGGGUCAGGUGGAGGUAUUGGUGGACCUUCUACUUUCUCCUCAGGUGGUGCUGGUGGAUAUUACGCUCCUCAAGGACUUGGAGGAUUCGGAGGUGGUGGGAGUGGAUUCGAUGGUUUCGGGUUCAAUCCCAGCAGCGGUGGUUUUGGUGGUGGUCGCAGCCCAUACAACUUGUAUUCUGGGGGACCGUUGGGAGUAAAUGGGGGAGGAUUCUCUGGGAACAGUCUUUACGCAGGAAGCAAUGGUGGGGGCGGACUUUUUGGCAGCGGUGGGGGUUCGGCAGCAUCUGCUGGUGGAUUUGGGGGUGGAAAUUUCGGAUCAAGCCCAUACUUUGGGAGUGGAUUGGGGGGUGGAGGGGGAUUUGGUGGCUACCCUCAGUUUGGCGGGUUUGGGGGAGGAUCGUCACAAGGAAGCAACUUCCUUGGAGGCGCUGGUGGACAAACUGAUCGAAAUCUAGGCUUUGUGAAUCAAGCAUUUGGAAAUCCACUGUACAAUCGAAGCCCACCAGUUUCCAAUAUUGCACCCGGUCUCGGAUCCAUCCAGGUAGGGAACAGACUCGACGUGAACAAUGGGAAUCGGGGUGGAUUAAGCUCGGGUGGCUACAUCCCCAGCGGGGGUCCUGGUGGAUUCUCAACCACGUCGGGUGGGUCCUCAUCAUCCGGUCUUCCGUCAUCAUCCCCACAACAGUUUGGCAGUGGUGGAGGUGGAUUUGGUGGUUUUGGGGGAGCACCACAAUUCAGCCCAGCAGCAUCUUACAACUUUGGAGGAUUUGGAGGUAGUGCUUCACCUUUCGGAGCUUAUCCAGGAGGAGGACAACGCUUCGGACCACCACAAUUUGAUUACUUGAACCGAGGAGUGCUUGGUGGGGGAGGGAGUUUGAGCAGAAGACCUGGCACAAUCCCAUCCUCCAGCCCUAUCGGAGGACCCCUCAGGGACGGAAGUGGAAGAUCUCUCUCAAGCCCAUCGUCAGGACCCAAUCGUUACUACAAUCAAGGGGCAAACCCAAAUUCCGGUGCGUUUGGUCGAGGUAGUGGUCCAACCCUCCAUCGAUUCACAGCUCCAUCGUCGGAGGAUGAUACGGACAAUUAAGAAUUAUUAGAAUAAUGUUACGCUUAUUAAUAAUUAUAAAAUAGGAGAAAAAGUGGUCGAUUGUCGUACGGUUUCAUCUCACAAAAAAUAUGGCGUGCUACGGACUUUGCAUACUUUUAUACCAGCAGAACAUGUAACGAAAGAUUGAUAUAUAUGAAUAAAAUACUGUUUUUUGUCAA